CAUUGUGACACAAGGGUUGUGCAAAUUGAUUGUUACAAUACAUUAAAAAGGAGGGAACUUACUUAAAAAAAGCAGAGGACCUCUCAAUCAGGAACUAGAAAAAAUCUCAAGUUCUCCUUUUUUUAUACUCUUCUUUUUUCUUUUGUUUCUUAUUUUUUAUCAGAUGGUUACCUUAAAAAAAAUUAACGAGCGAAUUAAUCAAUCGAAAUGGACAAAGAUGUACGUUACCUCAGCAUGUCUUCAAGGCAUCACGAUUAUUAUACUCCAAGGAACAAUUGCUUACUUCAAUACAGCACAAGUCAAUAAAGGAUUGGAAUCCGAUGCAGUUGCCUCAUAUGACCUUAGCUACGAGGAAGAGUUAGCAAUUGAUUUAGCAGUAGGAAGAUUGAAACGUAUCAAAUGGGAAAACAUCGCUUUUAUUGGAUUUCAAUGUUGGUUUGUGGGCAUGUCAUUCGACGCAACAGUUUACCAAAAUGCAGCAGAAGUGAUCGCAUUGGCAGUGAUGAACUUGGCUUGUGCGAUUUUCGGUGCUUUAGAAGUGGUAGAUGGAAAACGAUGGUUAAAAACCUUGACAGAAAUCAAGACCAAGCAUAGUGUGCCCAUUAUUACAACACCGAUCCAAAUUGCAUUUUAUUUAGAAAUCGCCCUAUCGAUUGUGGUGGGAUUAUAUGCCAUAGUAUUUGCGUAUUUAUCGUAUGCCGUCGUGAAAGAAUUUGGCUGGGUCAUUUAUAAAAAGAUUGGUGCAGAUAUUGCGAUACAGCGCAUGUACAGAACAUUACAACUUUUCGUUUUAGCAUUAAAAAUUGAUAUUUUUAUUGAAUUCUUGGUUUCAGUAUUUUAUUUAAUUCAAUUUGCACUUAAAGAUAAAUUUAGUUCCUGGUUCUCAUACGUAUUUGUCAUUAUUACCAUAUUAAUGAUCCCGAUGCUCUUUUUUGGACGUGCAGCUGCCGCUAGUGAAAGUCCUGUCAAAAUGGUCGUUUUUAUAGCCUUUCAAUUGGCAGUCGUAUUUCAACUCGUUCUGAUCGCUAAGGGUGCAAUCAAACCAGGAGAGUACUGGUACACGUGGAUUUGUUUUGUUGUGCUGGGUAUGAUCAUUGCUGUCGUAACAGCAGUGCUCGGAGGCGUCUGCAUUCGAAAUUUCGGAAAGGGACUAAAACCUUAUAUCCAAAGAGGUGCAGAAAAGAAGGAAAUCCAGCAGGCCGAGAUACAAAAGCAAUCCUCAGGAGCUUGGAUCAUUGAUGAAGACUAGACUUUAAAUUUUAUACUUAUUUAUCAAUCUUAAAAAUUGUACCAUUCCCUCUCUCUUUCUCUUUCUUUUUUUUUAAUGCCUCUUAAAAAGAUAAUUGUUAUUUUAUUUUUAAUAGUUUUAAGGAC